AUGAAGAGAGCUGCAGACUGUUUUCUUCUGCUCCUCAUCUUUCAUUCCGUGACAGUGCUUGGCCAAGCUCUGGAAGCUAGAACAACUGAUGAAGAUGAUUAUUACACGUUUGAGGAUUAUGGCGAUGAAAAGCUUCUUUGGGGUAAGGAAUCUAGUCCACAGUGGUGUGAAGCGCCAAAAAUCAAUCAGACGCUGGGUGAUCGGUUUACUGUCCGAAGUUCGUUCAUCGAUGCAAAUUCGAAAAGACAGUAUGCAACAGAAACAGUGGUUGAAGUGAAGUGUGGUCCUGAAAGACGAUUGAAAUUUGCACACAGCGUCAUUUAUCCUUUGGUUUGUUCACUAUUUCCAGAUGCAAUUAAUAUCAAAAUCAUGAUGGUUGCUCUGCCUGAGAGUGACGUUUACUUGCGCUGCACGUUGAACAGUUCCGGUAUCGGCAGCGUUUGGUUGAUGGUGGGUGCUGGUGGAAGCCUCAUGGAAUUAUGGAAUCAUGAAAGCAGCAGCAGUCCAAAUCCAUCUUGUGUUUAUGGAGAGCCUUCGUUCUACGUGUGCGAGCUGCCUCACUUGAUUCAUCAUGGACUACGGCUAACUGGCGCUACAAGAAGCCAGUUUUUCAAAAACAAUGAAACACUGACUAUCAGCUUAACAUGUGCACUCACCUUGAGAGUGUUAUCGUUUUUGGCGCAUACAAGAGAAGAGCAUCAGCUGGGAUGGCAGUAUUACAUCAUUAGGUCGCGUGUAAUCUCAACCUCCAACAUGCACGAUUACUAUAAGUUUUGCAUGAAAGGUAAUGAAAUAUUGGCUGUUACUGGUCGAUCGUUGAAAAUGCUAAUUGGUCUGGGAGCAAGGUGUGGAAAGGAUGACGAAAACGCAUAA